GCGGAGCCAAUGGGUGCGCGGACAGCCCGGCAGGCGGGGAGGGCGCGGCGGCGGCGGCAGCGCGGAGACGGGCGCGGGCGGAGGACGCGGGCUGACUGUGCGCGCCGACCAUGGCCUCCAAGUGCCCCAAGUGCGACAAGACCGUGUACUUCGCUGAGAAGGUGAGCUCCCUGGGCAAGGACUGGCACAGAUUCUGCCUCAGGUGCGAACACUGCAGCAAGACGCUGACGCCCGGGGGCCAUGCCGAGCACGACGGGAAGCCCUUCUGCCACAAGCCCUGCUAUGCCACACUGUUCGGACCCAAAGGGGUGAAUAUCGGUGGAGCCGGGUCCUACAUCUACGAGAAGCCCUCUGCAGAGAGACCUCAGGUCACUGGCCCCAUCGAGGUCCCCGUGGCCCGAGCUGAGGAGCGGAAGGCCGGCGGCCCCCCUAAGGGGCCCAGCAAAGCUUCCAGCGUCACCACGUUCACCGGGGAGCCCAACAUGUGUCCUCGCUGCAACAAGAGGGUCUAUUUCGCCGAGAAAGUGACGUCUCUGGGCAAGGACUGGCACCGGCCGUGCCUGCGCUGCGAGCGCUGCGGGAAGACUCUCACCCCGGGCGGGCACGCGGAGCACGACGGCCAGCCCUACUGCCACAAGCCCUGCUACGGAAUACUCUUCGGACCCAAGGGGGUGAACACCGGAGCCGUGGGCAGCUACAUCUAUGACAAGGACCCCGAGGGCAAAGUUCAGCCCUAGGCCCCCAGCCCCCUCUGCGGGCCUCGGGCCCAUCCGCGCAGGCCCCUGGCCCAGGGCCCACCGCUUGGCUCUGUGGGGGAGCGGCCCCCGCCCAGUCCCAGCUCAGCACCCACCUGGCGGCGGCGGCGCCCGGGUGUGGAGAGGAGGAAGCCCGCUGCACCAACUCCAGGGCCUGCCCACCCACCCCUUUUCUCUGGGUGUGUCUGCCCUUGUGUCCCCCGCCGACCCUUACCCUCUUUUGUGUCCUCCCGGCCCCCCGUGUGCCCAUGUCUGCGUCUCCUGGCCCCACAUGCCCCCGUGUGUCCCUUGGCCCUGGGUGGGCUUUCCUGAGCGGGCCGCCCCACUCGCCCCUCCUGCUGCCCCGUUCCUGCCCCCCAGUGUUAUUUAUGCCUCCCCGGCCGGUGACAGGCACGGUCUCGCCCCUCGCAGUGUUCCCAAGUGGAGGGCGGUCUGCCUGGAGCCCCCUGCCCGUCUCCCACGCUGCCACGCCAGCACCCGCCCCUCACCCUCACAUGGUUCACGCUCAGCUGUGGGACUUCUGCUGCCAAUAAAGGGUGUGAGGAUCGCA